AUAAAUUAUAAAUAACAAAUAAUAAAUAAUAAAUAAUAAAUAACAAUAGUAACAAUAAUAUCAAUAUAAUAAUGGUAAAUAAAAAAUGGUUAAUUUAAAAGAAGUAGAAUAUAAUGAAAGUUUAAUUAAAUUACAAGAGAUAUUGGAAUCUGAAAAAGAGAUUUCACCAGAAGGAAAUGAUUACAGCAAAUCAAAUUAUUACUGCGAGGGUAUCUUGGAGAAUGCAGAUACUCAAGUUGAUAUCGAUGGUUUUGGUCAAUUAGAGUUUCCUUGUCAAGAGAAACAAUUGAAAAUGUUGAUCGAAAAAUUAGGAAUACGUGCACCAUAUGGCAAAGGUGGCGAAACAAUUACAGAUUUAUCAGUUAGAAAAGUGUGGCAAAUUCCAGCAGAUCAAAUAAAUCUGAAUCAUCCAACAUGGCCAAAAACAGUUGAUACUAUUUUAAAUAAAUUAAAGAAUGAACUUGGUGUUUUUGAUGAAAAGAUUCAAGCUAAUUUAUACAAGAUGUUAAUUUAUGACCAAGGUGGAUUCUUUUUACCACAUACCGAUUCAGAAAAAGAACAUAGAAUGUUUGGUACUUUAGUAAUUGUUUUACCAAGUUCACAUAAAGGAGGUGACUUAAUCAUUAAACAUGGCAAUAAAUCGGUUACAUUAAAUUUAGAAAAUGAUCAGCUAAAUCAACUCAAGUACUCUUCAUUUUAUAGUGACUGUCAACAUGAAGUUAAACCAAUUACAAGUGGCUAUAGGGUAUGCUUGGUUUACAAUUUAAUCAAAACUGGUAAAAGAAUGUUAGAGGAAAACGAAAUCAAUGGUGGUGAUAGAAAAGAAAGGAAAUUAAAUGGUGAAUUUAGAAAUAAUGAUCAAGAAAAUGAAACUGUAGAGUUUUUAGAAAGAGAAAUUAAUCAACAAUUAAAAAAUUCAAAUAAACUAGUUUAUGUAUUUAACCAUCACUAUACAAAUGCACAAAGAACCUUUGAAGAUUUACGUGGCAAGGAUAAGUUAAUUGUUGAAAAGCUAAUGGCCAUCAAGGAUAGAUGUAAAUUUAUAUUAUAUUUAGCAGAACUAAAACUUAUUGAAAACAGUUUUGGUGAAUUUAAUGAAGAAGAUACCUCGAUGGGAUAUGAAGAGAUUGGCGUGGAAAUUGGAGAAACCCAGGUACAAAAAUUUACAGAUAUAAAUGGAAAACAAUGGAAUGUCAAAAGAUUAAAUGUAGAUAUUAAAAAGGAGAUUUUCCCAAAAGAUUGUUUCAAUACUAUAGAAUCCUAUAAAAUUGCAGCUAGUGGUCCAACAGGUAACGAGGGCUCAACUGAAGAUAGAUUUUACAAGACUACAGCACUAGUAAUAAUCAAAUCUCAAGAUAAAGUAAAUACUGUUAUUAAAGAUGGUACCAAAGAUGAUAUACCAAUGGUUGUUUUAUCGGAUAUAGUAUUACCAAUGAUUGAAAACUACUCAAAAACUAAUGACACAGACACAAAAGAAUGCGCACAAAUUAUAAUAGAUCAGUAUUUUAAUCACCCAAAAAUCAAACCAACAUUAACUAUUUCAAAACAACUUAGAUCCACCAUUAAAAAGUAUUGCCCAUCACAAGAGAAAGCUUUGUUUGUUGAAUUGAUCAAGUCAUAUCAAAAUCAUCAAAAAGAAUUUUAUAUAAAUAUCGAAAAAAUUAUAAACUAUUUUACAAAAGAACAAAUACUCAAUAUAGUAAAGAAACCUAUACCAUAUGACUAUAGUAAUCAUAAACCAAAUGCAAAAACCAAUAAUAUUUUAACAGCAUUCAAAAACUUAAUAAAAAUAAUAACAAAUAGCAAUAAUAAAAUAGAUAAUAAAAUAGAUAAUCAGGUUAUACAAGAAUUUAUUGAUAGUAAUAUUGAAUUUUUCAAACCAAAAGUACCAAUUCCAAAUAUUAAAUCAUCCUAUAAUAAUUAUCAACAGUUUCAAACAAAUAAUUUUCCAUCAGUUUUAAUCCAACACUAUCCAGAAUAUAUUAAAAUAUUUAAAGAUUCGAUAAAUCAUUCGCUCAGUUUCGAAUUACCAUUAGAUUCAUUAGUAACCCUUAAUAACUUUUGUAAAUUAUUUGAUGAUCAGCCACAAGAAAUUAAUCAGCAAUUAGAUAGAGAAAAAGAAAAAAUCGAUAUAAUAUACCAUCAAAUAAUAUCAAACAACCUCAAAGAUUAUUUAGCUAUAGACUCACCACAGGAUAGCUGCUCAAUAGAUCAAUUGUAUAGAAAUUGGGAGCAACUUGUAUAUCCAAUUAAAGAUACCAAAGUAUUUCAAAAAUUAUUUUUUGAAAGUUUAAUCUAUUCAAAUACCAACAUACAGGUUAUAUUAGAUUUCAUCCAAAGAAUAUUUGAAGGUUAUGAUAAUGAAGGUGCAAAUAACAAUACCACCAAAGUUCUUGUAGAUGAAAAUAAACUCAAUAUUGAAGCAUUUACUGUACUUUACGAAACAACAUUAACAAACUAUAUUGAAUCAAUUACUAAACCAACUCUAAAAAACUAUAAAUACAACCCUAUAACAGAGUGCGUAUGUGAUAUAUGUAAGAGUUUAAAUAGAUUUAUGAAGGACCAUAAAAGAACCACAUACAGCACAGAAAUUACAGAUAUAGGUAAAAAAAACUAUAUUUCAAAAUUACUCGAUAGCAAUAAUAAUAUUUUGCAAUACACAAAUAGACAAAAGAAAUACUCAACACCAGGUGGUCAUAAUAUAGAAAAGAAAUUUAAUCCAACUACAUUCAUUCAUCCUGAUGAUUUUGUUAAAGCAGUAGAAAAAAUAAAAACACUUGUACAAGAAUUUAAAACAAUAUUACCAAAUCAAUGUAGCAGCUAUACAAUCAAAACAAUUGAACAGUUUUUAAACAAUAGUGAUAAAAUAUUAAAGAACUCUAAAACAAUCAUUCCUUCUAUAAAAAUUAAAAAGAAAAAAAUUAAAAAAAUGAAAAAAUAAAAAUAAAUUAAAUUUAUAUUCAU